CGGCCAUGAAGGUGGUGAACCUGAAACAGGCCAUCCUGCAAGCCUGGAAGGAGCGAUGGAGCGACUAUCAGUGGGCCAUAAAUAUGAAGAGGUUUUUCCCUCGUGGAGCUACCUGGGACAUCCUCAACCUGGCAGAGGCUCUUCUCGAGCAGGCCAUGAUCGGGCCGUCGCCGAACCCACUCAUCUUGUCCUACCUGAAAUACGCUAUCAGCUCCCAGAUGGUGUCUUAUUCCACGGUCCUGACGGCCAUCAGCAAGUUUGAUGACUUCUCCCGCGACCUGUGUGUCCAGUCACUGCUGGAGAUCAUGGACAUGUUCUGCGACCGCCUCAGCUGCCAUGGCAAAGCAGAGGAGUGCAUUGGCCUCUGCCGGGCGCUGAUGAGUGCCCUCAACUGGCUCCUGCGCUGCGCGGCCUUCUACGCCGAGAAGGUGAAGGAAACGCUGGAGCAGGUGGCAGCUGAGAGCCAGCUGAAGAUGUGUCUGGAGCGGCUGGCGAAGAUGCUCAGCAGCACCAAGAACCGCGCCCUGAUUCACAUCGCGAAGCUGGAGGAGACAUCCUCCUGGAGCACUGUGGAGCAGUCCCUCGUCAAGCUGGGGGAGAACCUGAACAGCCUCAGCAGCUCCCCGCUGCGAAGCCAGGCUGAUGACUGCAUCUCCCUCAUCAAGAGCAUCCCCACCAUGCUCUCAGUCCACUCGGAGCAGCUGAACAAGACCGGCUUCCCCACUGUGCAUGCCGUGGUGCUGCUGGAGGGAACCAUGAACCUCACAGGAGAGACCCAGCCGCUGGUGGAGCAGCUGAUGAUGGUGAAGAGGAUGCAGCACAUCCCCUCCCCGCUCUUUGUGCUGGAGAUCUGGAAGGCCUGUUUUGUGGGCCUCAUCGAGUCCCCGGAAGGCACGGAGGAGCUGAAGUGGACAGCCUUCACCUUCCUGAAGAUCCCCCAGGUCCUGGUUAAACUCAAGAAGUAUCCCCAAGGGGAGAAGGACUUCACCGAGGAGUUGAACUGUGCCUUCGAGUGCCUGCUGAAGCUGACCCCUCUGCUUGACAAAGCAGAUCAGCGAUGCAACUGCAACUGCAUGAAUCUGCUCCUGCAGGAGUGCAGCAAGCAGGGGCUGCUUUCAGAGGCCAACAUGACCAACCUGAUUGCCAAACGAGCAGCGGACAGAGAACAUGCUCCGCGCUUGAAAUCGGCAGAGAACGCCAACAUCCAGCCAAACCCAGGGCUCAUCCUGAGGGCCGAGCCAACUGUCACCAACAUCCUGAAGACCAUGGAUGCGGAUCACUCCAAGUCCCCUGAGGGCUUGCUGGGGGUCUUGGGUCAUAUGCUGUCUGGGAAGAGCCUGGACUUGCUGCUGGCAGCGGCAGCAGCGACCGGCAAGCUGAAAUCCUUUGCUCGGAAGUUCAUCAAGCUGAAUGAAUUCACGAAGCACAUCACCGGAGAAGGCUCCAAAGGAGCCUCGGUUCGGGCCCUGCUCUUCGACAUCUCUUUCCUCAUGCUGUGCCAUGUGGCCCAGACCUAUGGCUCGGAGGUGAUCCUGUCGGAGUCGAACCCUGCGGAUGAGGUGCCCUUCUUUGAGACCUGGAUGCUGACCUGCAUGCCUGAGGAGGGGAAAAUCCUUAACCCCGACCACCCCUGCUUCCGCCCUGACUCCACCAAGGUGGAAUCCCUGGUUGCCCUCCUCAACAACUCCUCUGAGAUGAAGCUGGUGCAGAUGAAGUGGCAUGAGGCAUGUCUGAGCAUCUCAGCUGCCAUCCUGGAGAUCCUCAAUGCCUGGGAGAAUAGCGUCCUCACCUUUGAGUCAAUCCAGAAAAUCACAGACAACAUCAAGGGGAAGGUGUGCAGCAUGGCGGUGUGUGCGGUGGCCUGGCUGGUGGCCCAUGUCCGCAUGCUGGGCUUGGAUGAGCGGGAGAAGUCCCUGCAGAUGAUCCGGCAGCUGGCCACCCCCCUGUACAGCGAGAACACCCUGCAGUUCUACAAUGAGCGCGUGGUGAUCAUGAGCUCCAUCCUGGAGCACAUGUGCGCAGACGUCCUGCAGCAAACAGCCACGCAGAUCAAGUUCCCCUCCACGGGCAUGGACACCAUCCCCUACUGGAACCUGCUGCCCCCCAAGAAGCCCAUCAAGGAGGUGCUGACAAGUGUCUUCACCAAGGUGCUGGAGAAGGGCUGGGUUGACAGCCGCUCCAUCCACAUCUUCGACACCCUGCUGCAUAUGGGGGGGGUCUACUGGUUCUGCAACAACCUGGUCAAGGAGCUGCUGAAGGAGACGCGGAAGGAGCACACGCUGCGAGCUGUGGAGCGGCUCUAUGCCAUCUUCUGCCUGGACAUGCAGCAGCUGACGCUGACCCUGCUGGGCCACAUCCUGCCCAACCUGCUCACAGACUCCUCCAAGUGGCACACCCUCAUGGACCCGCCGGGAAAGGCCCUGGCCAAGCUCUCCGUCUGGUGUGCCCUGAGCUCCUACUCCUCCCACAACAAGGGCCAGGCAUCCACCAGGCAGAAGAAGAGGCACCGAGAGGAUAUUGAGGAUUACAUCAGCCUGUUCCCACUGGACGACACGCAGCCCUCCAAGCUCAUGCGCCUGCUGAGCUCCAACGAGGAAGACGCCAACAUCCUCUCCAGCCCCACAGAUCGCUCAAUGAGCAGCUCGCUCUCCGCCUCCCAGCUUCACACCGUCAGCAUGAGGGACCCACUCAACAGGGUGCUAGCAAACCUCUUCCUGCUCAUCUCUUCCAUCCUGGGGGCCAAGACGGCUGGAACCCACACCCAAUUUGUCCAGUGGUUCAUGGAGGAGUGCGUGGACUGCCUGGAGCAGGGCAGCCGCGGCAGCAUCCUCCAGUUCAUGCCCUUCACCAUGGUUUCAGAGCUGGUGAAAGUGUCCACCAUGUCCAGUCCCAAAAUUGUCCUGGCCAUCACGGAUCUCAGCCUUCCCCUGGGCCGCCGUGUCGCUGCCAAGGCCAUCGCUGCGCUGUGAGUGGGGCACACCUCCCUUCUGCCGUGCAGGAGAGGGAAAUCUGUGAGAACCUGGAUGCUGGGCUGGGACUGGGAUGCCGGGGACAGCCUCUCCGUCACUGGCCUGGCCCUGCCCGAGGUCUGCAUCCCCUUGCUGCCUCGUGAUGGGCUUUUGGAGACCGAGACAACCCCCUGCUUUUUAUCUAUAAUUAAUUCAGUCCUUUUGUAGAACCAGGCUGUGCUUUAUUUCUGUUUGGUUUCCUGACUGCAGCCCAGGGCCCUGGGGCUCCCCAAAACCCUCACCUCAGGGAGGGCUUGAUAGUGGGGGUGAUGGGAGAGUAAGUGGCCAAGACCUGUGCUGGGCAGGGGAGGGAAAUCGCACUCACUCUGUCCCUACCCCCCUUGCCCUGACCCUGGAGAAGCCCGGGAGGGCGGUGGGUUGCUCAUGAUGCUCCGUUUGGGGAGCGGGUGCCCGUGUUGGGCCAGCUGCAGAUG